ACAAACGCCACCACGCAAACGCCACAUGCGGCUAAACUCUUCCACAAUUGUUGUUUCGAGGCUUUAAUUCGUUCCACCGUGAUUGUGUAAAACGUCAAGCAAGGCUAAAGUUAAGUUUGUGUUUCCACGCUGCGGCUCUGAGACACUGGUGUAUUUUAUAGAGACUCGGACGCUGGCUCGCCGGGCGACACCGGUCUCGACUAGAACUGCUGCCGCGCAGGGGCGAGGGAGCUCGGCAGGGUUCGCCACGACUGCCCGGUGUAGGCCUCAGCGCCCGUCCAGGGGGAAGACAUCUCAAGUGCCAAGCAGGCGUUCAUCACGACGACUCUUGAUCAAUCACCACCGUCGAGCUGGGAUGCCUGGAGCCAGCGUGCGUCUCUCAUCGCGACUACUGCUUCGUCCGAACUGGAGUAGCCUUGCCCCAUGGAGUACCAAGUGUCCCCGCCUCCACUUUGGUCUAAGAACUCAGCCCUGGAGGCCUCUAGUCACCCUGGACACUUCGACAGUCAGAAAUUCGUCAUGUGUCGGGCUGAAGAUGCAGACGAAUUCGACUGGAUGUUCCUUCACUGACGGUCAUCUCUCCUGGGCCAUCGUGAGGAGAUACUGCACCAGCAGGCGGGACUCCCUGCGGCUCUACCUGCAAGGCCUGCAGGCCGAGCAUGUGGCCGUGAUCGAGGCCCUGAGGAGACUCGGAGAGGGGACGGGGACCGGGGGUGACCCUCGCACGCUCAGGAGGCGGCAGCAGGAGCUGGCGCCGCUCGUGGCGAUGAUCGGGUGCCUCGAGAACAAGCAGCACGAGUUGCGUGAGGUGGAGGAUCUGCUAGCAAGUGUGGAGGCAGAAAAGGACCGGCACAUGCAGGCACUUGCAGUGGAGGAAAAGGAGAGAAUCCAAGGGGAGGCUGGGAACCUGGAGAGGAAGGUGCUGGACUUGCUGUUACCAAAGGAUCCACAUGAUGACAGGGAUGUCAUCCUUGAAGUCACAGCUGGACGGACUACUGGAGGUGACAUCUGUCAGCGGUUCGCCGCUGAACUUUUUGACAUGUAUCAGGGCUUCGCCAAGCACAGAAACUGGAACUUUGAAAUCAUGAGCUUCGCUCUGGCAGACUGCGGGGGGCUGCACCACGCGUCGGCACGCAUCACGGGCGACGCCGUGUUCCGUCACCUCAAGUUCGAGGGCGGCACCCACCGAGUGCAGCGCAUCCCGCAGACGGGCCUGUCCUCGCGCAUGGAGCGGAUCCACACGGGCACCACCACGGUCAUCGUGCUGCCACAGCCGCGAGAUAUCGACAUCAAGCUGGAGACAAAAGACUUGCGGAUUGACACGUUCCGGGCCAAGGGCGCAGGGGGGCAGCACGUGAAUACCACGGACAGUGCCGUGCGGGUCGUGCACCUGCCGACAGGAUUGACUGCAGAGUGCCAGCAGGAACGAUCGCAAAUUCGGAACAAGGAGAUGGCGCUUCAGAUCCUCAAGACGAAGAUGUACCAGCAGCUAUUCGAGUUGGAGGUGCAGGAGAGGCACAGCGCGCGCAGACUGCAGGUGGGAACACGAUCUCAGUCGGAGAGGAUUCGGACGUACACCUUGACGCAGGAUCGUGUGACGGACCAUCGCAUAUCGCUCACACUGCACGAUGUGCAGACAGUGCUGGAGGGCGGGCCGGCCUUCGAAGGCCUGGUGGAGACCCUGCUGCACGCGGCGGACGAGGAUGCUCUGGAUGAGCUGUUAGAGAAGGCGCAGCGCUCGACGCACAGCACUGGCCGCUAGCGAUCCACCAACUGGCACAACCAGCCCCACUUGCACUGGGAUCACAGCACGAGUGGCUAUUGCUCCACUGACACUACUGGCUGCGCUUAACGGGCGGUGAUACGGCCCAGCGGUAGCGUGCUCGCCGCUUGUUGCAGAGGUGAAUAUGUGAAGAUGAAAGGCGCUUUAUAAAAUCUAUAUUAUUAUUAAUUGUUCGAAUUCAGCAGCUGCCCUGGUUAGUACUGGGGUUGUAACAACCAAAAUGAUACGCGCCAUCCGCCUCGCGUUAAACCGGACCUUAGGAAUCCCCUGACGUCAUUCGUAAGAGUAAGCCAUUAUGUGCUGGCGUCUAGGCCCAAAUUUGAAAGUUACCUGCUUAUUACUCAAUUGGGAUUACACACACAGCAGCAGCAGCAACCAUCGUCCCCGACUGGCAGACUAAUGACCCAGGUCACUUGCAAAUGAGACUCAACAUGGCCUCUUUGAGUUCUCACCUGGGUAAAGAAAAUCAACUUGAAACUUGACAUAGUGCCAACCACUAGUCAUCACUUGAUCCUCAGUACCAAUUGCUAGUGCUUUGGCUGACAGCACUACCAUAGUCACUGGCAACACAACAACUGCAACUAGCACUUUAAUCACAGCUCGUCCCACAACAACAUCCUGCGUGUGCACGUGAAAACGUCUCUGCUGCAUUCAUGGCCUCCUCCAUCGGACUACCUGCGAGUUCGUUUUUCUUUUGGAUUCAAGUUUGCAGUUCUGCACCAGGAACGUCCUUCGGACUGAAACCGAUUCACCGUGUACCCGAUUGAAGUGUCUCCCAAUGACGAAAAAGAAAACAAACCCCCACUUUUUUUUAUCUUGCCGGUUGCGUUUUCAUAAAUGGCUCACGUGUGCACGUCACUGACGAAGUACGUAAUUAAAGCUGCGCAUCGCUCUCGUCGAGAAGAGAACCCGCAGCCAGCCGGCAGUUGUGGCUGCCGUACGUGCUGCCGUGCGUCCAUGCACAGUCGCGCACCAUUUUGGCUUUUAUAGGAUGGGCCUUGCACGUUCCAUUAUCGGCAGCACAGAUCAAAGGUGCAGUUUGGGUUGUUCAAAUCGCACAUGCUCGCUCUCUUACGUGCAAGUUCUCACUUCUACUUAUACUUGUAAAAAAACGUCGGUGACGUGUGCAUCUCCUCCACGCUUUUUGUCAAUCUGCUGCUGGAUGAAGCCCUGCUGCUCAUGCCACGCGGGUCGUCGGAGUUACCUGACCAUGUUUCACCACACUGGUCAGUGCUGGUUGAAGGUGGGAAACAGACGCGGGAGCAUAGAAGUAAAGUUUAACAACUGAUUUUGCUGCCCUGUCAACUGCUGACAACAUAGGCUCACGACAGCCUGUCUUAUCCCUGGGAGUCGCCCAUCUGAGCACUAUUCAGGGUGAACUUCGCUUGGCUUCUGAGAUAGGGUGUGCGUUCUGGGUGAUUGGCUCGAAGAAAAGUGCUAACAAGUGGCCAGAAUUAAAAUCAACCUAAACCGCCGGUGGGUACCACCUGGUGAGUGUUUUCAAUCGCCCAGGAAACUUGCAGUGUGCUCGCUACGAUGGUUCAAAAGUCUAUAUCAUAGAGAUGGCCGGGCCGGCUCUGCAACUGAAAACGGCACGAUGGAGUAUUGGCCAUUCAAACACGUUUGACUUCAGUGCGCGUGAAAGCACAAACGCCUUCAUCUCAUCUCGGCUCACUCCGAUUUGGAAGAUGCAGAAACACCAGAUUCCCUGGCCGUUAGUUUGACCUUUUAUAAUGAUCACCAAUUGAAACUCGGGCAUGCAGCGCGACGUGGUUGUUUUCCACCACCGACAUCAUUCGUACCUCGAUGUCGGUAUAUUCCCGGUCGGGAAAACAAAGUGUGUGUCAGCUGUCACUCAAGCUCAAUUAGAACGACUGCAGUAAAAAGAACUUGCUGAUGAUAAAGACAUCGUCCUUUUAAUGAUUCUGAUAAGAAAAGUUUGCUGCAACAGGACACGUCUCGAGGAGGCGUAACGGCCGGUGGUUAAGAAUAAUGACGGGAGGGCCAGCAAAGUUGGGCAACGCUCAGGAGACGACAUCCCACUCUUAAGAGACGGAGCGAUGAAAUCGGCUUUGCGUGCCCGGUGCUUGGCGGAUCCAUGACGAGACGUGGCGAUUGCUUGGGGAGGCAUUCAUCCAGCAGUGGGUUGUUAAAAGCGCUGUAAAUGUACAGACUGGCCAUCGCUGGUGGACUUUUUUUCUUUCUCCGUCGGUAAUAACAAUGACCGGAGAGAUGUUUGCCCUCGGCUGGUUAAAGAGAACCUCUGAACCCAUGUUGACCAAACGCUGCUUACUGCUGUGUCACACGGCAUCGCGGCCCAUUAUCUGUAGACUGCAAUAAACACUUUCUAAGACGCCCAACUCAACGACGGGGUAGGAGUCCAGCAAUGGACACGUGACCGAACUUGCACUCGUGACAACGGUGACCAACGGCAAACCAAGGCAGGGAACUGAGGACGGUUGAACCCUGGAUGGUGUCGCAUGGGCGAGCCACCUUGCACGAGAUGCGUAAGCCUGCGUCGUGGGCAGCAGAGGGCAUUGCAGCAAAGAUUCGUUGAAACCGUGGGUUUGUGAAACCCGUGUCUUGAGUGGACCCUCGGUCGGUAUUCCCCAGAGGUCGCAACCGGGUACCCGAUACCCGUACCCUACCCGAUACCCGGCUACGCGUACCCGGCCGGGUACGGGUACCCGUUUGCGACCCUGGUGCGGCCGGGUACGGGUACGGGUAGGCCGUGAGUCACCGGUGAGUAACCGUUUAUCACUCAUUUCGGGAAGGGUACGGGUAACGUACGGGUACCCGUUUGCGACCCUGGUGCGGCCGGGUACGGGUAAGGAAUCAAAACCCGUUUGCGACCUCUGGUAUGCCCUCGAAUGCACGGUGCACUUUGCUCCGGGUUCUUGGGUGGGUUUUCCUCGCGCAUGGAGCAAAACGUAAUCCGGUCACGUCUCAAUCGAGUCUGAUAAGUCUUGGCCCGGUGAGACUUUCCCCCCAAAACUAUUUUCACGUCGCCCAGUUAAGUCGAGUACUUAAACCGAUAUAAUCCGUGGACUCAAUCGAUUACUGGCCUAAUGGGGUAGCCCGGGCUAUAUUGGCAUGCAUCUGUAUUGGUGCGCGCUCUGCGUUCUCCGGGGCAAUUACAGCCUCGCCCUGCACUUAUCCCUCGACGCAAACCUGAAAUCUGAGCCCUCUGCCAUUAUCCUUACUCCACCCCUUGCGCCGGGUGAACUCCGGUGUCAAUGACUGCCGGCGCGUUCGUCGUCGCUUGCUCCAGAGGUUCGCGAUUCUCAUCCAGCGGCCGCCCUGAUUAAUAACCGCGGUGUUUGUUAUCCACCAAGUCCCGUAACUGUGCUCCACUGGGAGCGGACGUUAACGAAAUAUGCCCGUGGUGUUAUUCGCAAGGGUUAGGCGUCAUGGUACACACUUGCCACUAAGUACUCCAUCGGAAUAUGCGGAGCAAUCAUCGACCCCCUCCCCCCGCACGACUGCGAAAACUUGACGGGACCCUUCUGAAAAACAGUCAUGAGACUCGGUGUGGCUUUCCUGGGUAAACGAGUGGAAUAGAUAAAUCAUUAAACCCCUGCACCCCGCACUAUA